AUGUCUACCAACAACUACUCUAUCCAUUCCAUUAUCGCUGCUUAUGGCCUCGCUAUCGCGCCUCACGGCUACUACGUUGUGAAAAUGAUGGCGAACGCGAAGGGCCAGUCCAGCAAUAUCAUGCGAGUGCUUUCAAAUUCCUUUCCCCGUGUGUACAGGCCACGAGAAAAUCUAUCAAGCCUGAAAGGCCACAUCCCAGCCCAAGUAUGGGACAAGCUCGCCCGGGCGCGUGGUGCACGAGCUGUCGCUCGGUGUGCGGAGUAUAAAUCAACGCGGGGUUGA